CUGCAUAGACGAAAUCGAGCAAGAAUUUAUAUUGAUAAAGAUGAAACCAUUCCCUUCUGCUCUCCUAUUAUUGUUCCUUCUCCUUCUCCACCAAUCCCAUUUCGCGAAGGCUGGUAUUGGGUCUUCUCUUGCGUCUCUAUUCAAGUCUUUAAACAAGGAAAAAGUUAUCAAUUGGGUCAAUGGAAAAAAACCACCAAAGCCAGAAUGGGAUAAAGAAUACUUGAAGUAUUUGAAACCGGAUCCCACACUACCAAACCUCCCACUCAAUAAGGAAAGAAAAGGCUUCGCUCCACUCAAAGAAUACCUUUCUAACUUUGGCUACCUUCCAUCCUCCGACUCAUUCAACAACACUGUCGACCAACAAACAUUAUCAGCCAUCAAGACCUUCCAGGAAUCUUUCAAUCUCCCAGUUACCUCCGACAUAGACAACCACACCCUCAAACUCAUCUCGCUACCACGAUGUGCUGUCCCCGACAUGGAUUUCAACUACAGCUUCACCCAAAACGUGUCGUGGCCCAAAGCCGGUCACCGGUGGUUCCGAAAGACAAACCUCACGUACGGUUUUCUUCCGGAGAGUGAAGUCCAACCCAGCUUCACCAAAGUGUUCAAAAAUGCAUUCACGCGGUGGGCGAAUGCCACAGGGUUUUUGAACCUGACGGAGACAACCUACGACGACGCGGACAUUAAGGUUGGGUUCUACAAUUUCUCUGAUGUCCUUAUCGGCGACUUGUUUGGCUUCAGCUUUAUAACGGAGAACCCUCCGUCUGACGUGAAGACAGCUGAGAUAAAUCUCAAUGGCAACAUGUAUUGGGCGCUGCCCAGUGAAAAAGGCGACUUGUCGGCGGAGGAUGGAGUUCUGGACUUGGAGAGUGCCGCGAUGCAUCAGAUAGGGCAUUUGCUUGGAUUUGACCACUCUUUCAUGAACGACUCUGUUAUGUACCCUUACAUUUUGCCAUCGCAGGAACGAAAGGUAGAACUCUCCGAUUCUGACAAGAACAACAUUAAGAAACAGUAUGCUAAUGUUGACUCUGGCGAUGGUGGAUGUUUGGGAGUGCCUUCAAUCACCAUUUUGUUGUCUCUGGGAUUUGCUUACAUGUUUCUUAUGUAUUAAGUCUCCUCCUAUGUCUAGCACACAACUUUGAUUUUGUUCUUGAUUUAUAUUAUCGGGAAUGGUUUUCUUUC